GGUGAGGUGGUAAAAUUUUAUAAAUGCAUGUGAAGGACAUCACAAAGAUGCAAAAGUGUUAUUCUGUAUUUGGGUUUGGCCAUGUGCCUGGUGAUUACGAUCUAAAUGUGAAAUUGGCCGAAAGUAAUGCUGCUAUUUCCUCUUAUUCCAAUCUUUUGAAUUGCUUAUUUGUCAAAAGAGAAAAUCCUUGUCCGUUUAGUAUUUCCACAUCUGUUGCUCCUCCAGCUGAUACCAGAUUAAAGAUUAAUGUUUUUUCUGAGGAUAUGAACCCAGUUAUAAGAUGCUGGUCUCAUUCUGAAAAUGAUGAUUUUGUUGCACCUCUUCAUUUUGUGAGAAGUGGAAAUAACGAGGCAUAUUACGAUUGUUGUUCUGAAACAGGACAGCUCUCAAUUUACUUACCUUAUAAACACAACAAUGAUCUUGAUGAAAAUGUAGAGAUUCUAAUGUUUUUAUGCUCAAGUAUGUCUUGUAUAAAGAAAAAAGUUUUUCUCAAAUUUUCAUUAAUCUACAGAGAUGAAGUAGUGGGAUAUAAAACAUUUGGACUUCAUGUUUGCUCAACCCCAAUCAGGGAUAGGAGAAACCAUGAAAAACAAAGAAAGCCUGUUAGGAAAAGAAAAGCUCCUGUUGGAGCUUAUGAAGACACUCCUAAUGAGUCUAAAGUGUUUGUAUUGCCUAUUAAGCAAUCUUGGAUCUACAAUGUCAUGAAAAAAUUGAAUCGUGGCCUUGAACUGCUGGAUGCUACUACUGUUGAAGAACAAGCUUAUUUUUUAAAAAGAGCAAAGCGAAGAAAAAAGAAAAGGGAAGUUAAAUCUACUACAUCAUCUUCAUCAAUUUCUAGAAGUAGUUCAAAAAAAGUCAUUGUAAAGUAACAACAUCAAUUUUAGUCAUUUUUAGUUUGUUGUAUACUGAUAUAGUUAAGUCCCAUGAUGGUCAAUGUAACUGAAUCUUUUGGUUAGUAUUUGUAAAUAAAAUGUUAAAUGAAAGCAAAAAACAAAACAAAAAUAAAUUGAGUUUAUGCCUGUGGCGCGAA